AUGUUGUUGAAAUACUUUUAUCCAAUUUUUAAUUACCCUUUAACUUGCAGAUAUGGCAUGAAUUGUCUAAUUCAGUUUGAAGAUUUUGCCAAUGCUAACGCUUUUCGUCUCCUCAAUAAAUACCGCAACAGAUACUGUACAUUCAAUGAUGAUAUUCAGGGCACUGCGUCUGUUGCAGUCGCUGGCAUCUUUGCAGCCUUAAGGAUCACAAAGAACAAGCUCUCUGACCAUAAGUUUGUUUUCCAAGGAGCUGGAGAGGCUGCAAUGGGCAUAGCUCAUCUCAUCCUCAUGGCCAUGGAAAAGGAAGGAAUUUCACGAGAGGAUGCCAUCAAAAAAAUUUGGAUGGUGGACUCCAAGGGACUGAUUGUGAAGGGCAGGAGCCACCUGAACCAUGAGAAAGAAAUGUUUGCCCAGGACCACCCCAGUGUGAACACGCUGGAAGAGGUUGUGCAGAAAGUGAAGCCUACGGCAAUUAUAGGUGUCGCAGCUGUUGCAGGAGCUUUCACUGAGAAGAUUUUGAAGGACAUGGCAGCCUUCAAUGAGAGGCCCAUCGUGUUUGCCCUAAGCAACCCCACAAGUAAAGCGGAGUGCACAGCGGAGCAGUGCUACCGCCUCACCGAGGGACGAGGAAUAUUUGCAAGUGGGAGUCCAUUCUCAAAGGUAACCCUGCCCAAUGGACAGACCUUCUUCCCUGGCCAAGGAAACAACGCCUACGUCUUCCCAGGAGUGGCACUGGGAGUCAUUGCUUGUGGAGUCCGGCACAUCUCUGAUGAUAUCUUCCUCAUCACAGCAGAGUCUAUUGCUGCCGAGGUGACAGAGCGGAAUCUCGCAGAAGGAAGACUCUAUCCCCCCUUGGACAGCAUCAGAGAGGUGUCUCUCAAAAUCGCUGUGAAGAUUGUUGACUGGGCCUACAAGCAUGGUCUUGCUUCUUGGUACCCUGAGCCAGCAGACAAGGAAGCCUUUGUGAAACGGCUCGUUUACAGUCCUGAUUACGAUUCAUUUGUUAUUGAUGAUUACAGGUGGCCCCCCACAGCCAUGCAAACACAAGAUGUAUAAGUUUUUGUGAGAACUGUUUUGUCAUUUUUACCAUCAGUUCCCAUGGUUCAUAUCAUUGCUGAUAUAAUUGCACCGCCAGGCUUGCAGAAUGAUAAAAGUAAAUGAAUCCAA